GCAGCGAGUGUCGGAGACCAUGGAUCCUUACAAGUUCCGCCCCUCCUCGGCGCACAACAGCCCCCACUGGACCACCAACUCUGGGGCGCCGGUGUACAACAACAACAACUCGCUGACGGUCGGCGUGGGAGGCCCCAUCCUGCUGGAGGACUACCAGCUGACCGAGAAGCUGGCCAACUUUGACCGGGAGCGCAUCCCGGAGCGGGUGGUGCACGCGCGGGGAGCGGCAGCCAAGGGCUUCUUCGAGGUCACCCAUGACGUGUCCCACCUGACCAGCGCAGACUUCCUGCGCGCGCCAGGCGUGCAGACGCCCAUCAUCGUCCGCUUCUCCACCGUCAUCCACGAGCGGGGCUCCCCCGAGACGCUGCGCGACCCGCGCGGCUUUGCCAUCAAGUUCUACACCCGGGAGGGCAACUUCGACAUGGUGGGCAACAACAUUCCGGUGCACAGCCUCAAGCCCAACCCCAAGUCUCACAUCCAGGAGGGCUGGCGCAUCGCCGACUUCUUCUCCCACCACCCCGAGGCCAUGCACAUGUUCACCUUCCUCAUGGACGACUGGGGCGUGCCACGCGACUACCGCCACAUGGAGGGCUUUGGGGUGCACACCUUUGUGCUGGUCAACAGCCAGGGCAGGGAGACCCUGGUCAAGUUCCACUGGAAGCCAACCUGCGGCGUGGAGUUCCUUCUGGACGAGGAGGCGGUGCAAGUGGGCGGCAGCAACCACAGCCACGCCACGCAGGAUCUGUACGACUCCAUCGCGCGCGGCGAGUACCCCGAGUGGCGCCUCUUUGUGCAGACCAUGGACCCUUCGCGCGCCGACUCGUACGACUUUGACCCCAUGGAUGUGACCAAGACCUGGCCCGAGGACGUCUUCCCGCUGCAGCCCGUGGGGCGCAUGGUGCUCAACCGCAACCCAGACAACUUCUUCAACGAAAACGAGCAGCUGGCCUUCUGCCCCGCCCUCAUCGUGCCGGGCAUCGCCUACAGCGACGACAAGCUGCUGCAGACCCGCAUCUUUUCCUACCAGGACACGCAGCGCCACCGCCUGGGAGGCAACUACCUGCUGCUCCCCGUCAACGCGCCCAAGUGCGCCCACCACAACAACCACCACGACGGCGUCAUGAACUUCAUGCAGCGCACAGAGGAGGUCAACUACUUCCCCUCCCGCUUCGACCCGGCCCGUCACGCGGAGCAGUACCCCAUCGUGUCCCGCCCCCUGGCCGGCCGCCGGGAGCGCGCCGUCAUCCCCAAGGAGAACAACUUCAAGCAGCCCGGGGAGCGGUACCGCAGCUGGGAUACCGCCCGCCAGGAGCGCUUUGUCACCCGCAUCGCAAACGAGCUGCUGCUGCACCCGCGCACCACGCAGGAGAUCCGCCGCGUGUGGCUGGGCAUGCUGUCGCAGUGCGACCAGAGCCUGGGCCAGAAGGUGGCCGCCAAGCUGCAGGCCGCGUCGGCGCUGUGAGGCUGCCGCCGCCGCCAAAGCCUAGGCCUAGGCUGCGGCUGCGGCCCCAGGAGCGUGUCUCCAAGGCGGCUCCCUCCCAGCCGCCGCAGCGCUGCGGGGCUGCCAGCCAAGGCUGAGGCCAGCCUGAGGCGGAGGCUGAGCCCGCCGGAUGCCUUUCCCUCCGGCGCGGACGACUUUGCAUCGCAGGCAGCACAACCGCAACCCUCUCGACCCCUUUGAGCGUGCUUUCCACCACCCCAUGAUACCAAGUAGCCCAGUAGCUGUGCAGCAGCCAUAUUCACUGCUGCCGCCCUCGCCCCGCCGCCUGCCUCUACCCCUCGUCCCGUGCUAGCGUCCCUAGUGUGUGCACGUCCCUACCCAAGUUUUCCCACCUGUCUGCCAUGUGCCGGGCAGCCAUUUUUGCGGCCCAGUGCAGCCAGCCGCCUGCGCAGUGCCAGCCACGCCGCUGCGCAUGAUGCGUGCGUCGCGUUUGCUGCGCGCUGCCAGGCGUGCUGCCCGCUGGCCACCCCAGUUUUGCUGUGCGCGUGCCGAUUCAGCAGUUCCCAAGUCCCUUCCAAAUGAAUAUAGCGUUCUAAUCCAAUACAUGUAACGAAUGUAGCGUG